AUGACGAAAAUGAUGAACUUCUCUCGGCCCCAAGUGUUCAUCAGUUUCAGAGGUAAAGGUCAAAGAGACAAAUUAGUGAGCUUUCUUAAAAAGCAAUUAGAGAGGAGCGAUAUCAACUUUUUCAUGGACGAGAACGAGGUAAGAGGGAUGCCGCUCACUACACUCUUCGAACGAAUCAGAGAGUCAAGUGUUGCACUCGUCUUUUUCUCAGACAAGUACCCCGAGUCAUGUUGGUGCUUAGACGAGCUCGUUGAGAUCAAGAAGCAAAUGGAGAAAGGAUCUCUUGUCCCUUUCCCAAUAUUCUACAAAGUGAAAGCUGAGACCAUCAAGAGACAGACUGGUUGCUUCGGUAACUCUCUCCUCAGAACCGAGGAUCUAGUUCGCAAGAAAGUUGAUCGGGGAAGCUACAAGUCGAUACUUGAAACAGAGGCUGUGAUUUGGGAACGGAGGCAAGCUCUCGUCUCUGUUGGAGGAAGAAUGGGGUUUUCUUAUAAACAUAGCUCUGAUGAGGCUUUCGUUAGUGAUCUUGUGGUCAAACUUAAGGAACUGUUAGACUAUAUUCCUUCUUCAAGAAAUUAUCAGAUUGUCAUAGAGAAUCCUCUGAUGCAUCCUCAGGAGGCAGAGACGUCUUUAUUACUAAACCUUAAGAAAUCGGAUCUUGAUGGCGCCGUUUCCCUGGCCACUGAUCAUUUUGUGUUUCUUGACCUGAACUCACUUAAGAACUCUCUCCUUGCUCAGCGACUAAUCGAGAAGGAUCAAGCUGGAAAGUUUUUCUUGGUAUUGUUAGGUUCUCUAAAAGACUACAAUAAGGGCUUUGCUUUCAAGCCUCUCUUGUUUCCCAAGAAACCUCAGCAGUUUGCAGAUGUGGUAGCAAUUGGAGAGAGUAAUGACAAUUUUCAGAACCUUCCUGACGAAGAUAACAACUUUGAUGAUGUUUUCACCUGCUUUUCAUUGUUAUGUAACUUUAUCAAGGGUUUUUUGAUGAAGAUAUCUAGCCCUCCGUCUCGAAGAGUAUCCAUCAGUUUUGGCGAAAAGCAACUCAGGGAAAACCUAGUGAGCUUUCUGAAAACUGAACUGGAAUCAAACCGAAUCUCAGUGUGUGUAGAGGAUGAGAUGAAGAAGAGGAUCAAAGAGUCAAAGGUUGCAAUAAUCAUCUUCUCGGCCAAGUAUCCUGAGUCACAACAUUGUCUUGAUGAGCUCGUUGAGAUCAAGAAGCUUAUGGACACAGGAGAGAUCGAUCCCUUCCCCAUUUUCUACAAGUUGAAGGCUGAAUCAGUUAAGGUAAUAAAGGGAUGGUUCCGUAAUAGGCUUCUCAAGAUAGAGGAAAAAGUGCGUAAAAACGUCAAUAGGGGAAAUGAUAACUCUAUACUUGAUACCGAAGCUAGAAUCUGGGGAUGGAGAGAAGCUCUUGCUUCUCUUGUCUCAAGACCAGGCUUGAGCUAUCAACAUAGCUCUGAUUCACUGUUCGUCACUGAUGUCGUAACCAAGGUAAAGGCACUGUUUACAUUUAGGGAGAGGCAGAAGAGCUCUACAGAAGCAGCAACAACAGCAGUCAAAUGCCUUGGUGAUGUCUUAUUCCACUCCCUAACUUCGUUCUUAGAAGCUCUAAACCUUGAAAUUACAGAUAUUGAAGGCUUCACAGAGAUCGCCAGUGGUUUCGUGUCUCUGAGCUUGAAAAGACACACUAAUCUAGUGUUCCUCAAAUUAAGUUGUCUUGAUAAUUUGGUCCGAUUUCAGCAUUCUGAUUCGUUCGAAUUCCUUAAAGAGGGUUUUGCUUCGAACCCUUCAGGUGUCAUCAGAUUUGAAGAGCCUUCUCUGUUCUUGGAAUUAGCAUCCAAUCAAUCGUCUGAGAAUAGUCUUAUUGUCUCACCUCAGAAUCAUAAACACUGAAGUAACCAUUUCCACUGUAUAAAUCACUAGUAAGUUCGAAAUAUACUGUUUCCUACUACAUUAGAGAAUCCCUCCUCGUAUACUGAAAUUGACAGAUGAUACAACUUUGGUAG